AUGGGCGAGCCAAGUGAACCUAUGGUAGAAAGAUUCCUCGGAGAUCAACAUGAUUGUCAACCUGCAACCGACCCGAGGCGGAAUCGAGAAUUGGGGGCUGCGUUCAAGGACAAAAACGUUGUAAUCGCCGGUGCUGGUCGUGGGAUUGGAAGAGCCACUGCCGAGUUCUUUGCGCACACGGCAGCCAAAUCACUGAGUCUGAUGGCGUUAGAGCUGCACGAGGUCGAUGAGACGGCCAGGAUAUGCAAGAAAAUCAACCCACAGCUUCUGACCAAAAUCGCCGCGUUCGAUGUCAAGGACUACGCCAAAGUGCAGCAAUUCAUCGACGAGGUCGACCGGGAAUUUGGGCGGGUUGACGUGCUAUUCGCCAACGCAGGCCGCCCGCCGCAAUGGCUGGCGACUUGGGAGUCGGAUCCCGGUGUGUGGUGGGACACCCUAGCGGUAUCGCUCCAAGGAGGCUUCAACUUCGCGCGGGCAGCUCUUCCAAUCAUGCGACGGGAGAAGAGCGGACGGAUAGUCUUCACGUCAAGUGCCGGCGCCCAUGUGAGCAACGGCAUGGGCAGUUAUGCCCUGGGUAAACUGGGCCUGGUGCGUUUGGCUGAGAUCCUCCACCACGAGAACAAAGACCACGGCAUCAAGGCAUUCGCGAUUCAUCCUGGCGCCAUACCGACUCGAUUCUUCACCGAUUUCAAGGAGGCAGCAGAGGGGAACAUCAAGGAAGGCAGCUAUGUGUCCGAGACCCUGCCGGGAGAAGAAAAGUCGGCGAAUAUCGCAGUCAAUUUCUUCAAGGAUGUGACAUGGGAUACACCACAGAUGCCGGCAGGUUAUGUGGUCUUGCUGUCCAGUGGACAAAUGGAUUUUAUGUCAGGAAGGUAUAUUGAUUGUUCCAGAAAGGUCGAGGCGUAUCUGGCAGACGAGGACAAAAUCAUGGCCAAAGACCUACAUCGGGUCAAGCUGGUGGUCGACUCGGACUGGUUUAUCCCUCCCGCCAAAGAAGAGCAGGAGUUUGGCGGUGCUUGA